AUGGGAGGCUUUGGGUUGUCGACGACGAGCACCGGCGGACAUGUUGAGUUUGAAGGGAGGAUCACAUGGUAUGUUGUGUUGUGUGGCAUCAUUGCUGCCACUGGAGGUCUCAUGUUUGGAUAUGAUAUUGGAAUUUCAGGGGGAGUGACAUCAAUGGAUGAUUUCUUGGAGAAAUUCUUUCAGGGAGUGUAUGUUAAAAAACAUGAGGCCAAAGAGAGUAACUACUGCAAAUUUAAUAAUCAGGGCCUUCAGCUUUUCACUUCAUCACUGUAUUUGGCAGCCAUUAUUGCCAGUUUCUUUGCUUCCAAGGCUUGCUCAAAGUAUGGCAGGAAACGCACCAUGCAAGCUGCUUCUCUUUUCUUUCUGGCUGGUGUUGCCUUGAAUGCUGCAGCUGUUAGUCUCCCCAUGCUCAUCAUCGGAAGAAUUCUUCUCGGCUUCGGAGUAGGAUUUGCCAACCAGGCUGUUCCAUUGUUUUUGUCAGAAAUAGCACCGGUGAGAAUCAGAGGAGCAUUGAACAUCCUUUUCCAGCUGCAAAUAACAAUUGGGAUAUUCAUAGCAAACAUUGUGAACUAUUUCACAUCCAAGUUACAUCCAUGGGGAUGGAGGCUCUCUCUUGGUAUUGCGGGAGUUCCGGCGCUCAUCCUCUUCCUUGGCUCCAUGCUCAUCACGGAGACUCCAACAAGCCUCAUUGAGCGAAAUGAACAUGAACAAGGCCGUCAAGUGCUCAAGAAAAUCAGGGGAACAGACAAUGUGAAUGCCGAAUUCGAAGAACUUGUUCAUGCAAGUGAAAUAGCACGACAAGUGAAACACCCUUUCAGAAAUCUCAUGAAGAGGAAUAGCAGACCUCAACUCAUCAUUGCCAUAUUGAUGCAAGUGUUCCAACAAUUCACAGGAAUUAAUGCCAUCAUGUUCUAUGCUCCUGUGCUCUUCCAAACAAUGGGAUUCAAAAACAACGCUUCAUUGUUGUCAGCUGUGAUUACUGGUCUUGUGAAUGUUUUGUCCACCAUUGUUUCUGUUGCUUGUGUGGACAAGGCUGGCAGGAGGGCGUUAUUGCUUGAAGCUUGUGGUCAGAUGCUCAUUGCACAGACAAUCAUAGGAGGAAUUCUGGCAGCGACGUUGCAUGACAAUAACACACUGGGAAAGGGAAUGGCUGUUGGAGUGGUGUUGUUGGUCUGCCUGUUUGUGUCUGGAUUUGCAUGGUCAUGGGGUCCUCUUGGUUGGUUGAUACCAAGUGAAACAUUCCCACUAGAAACAAGAACAGCUGGUUAUGCAUUUGCUGUGAGUUCAAACAUGCUCUUCACAUUCCUCAUUGCACAAGCAUUUCUAUCAAUGUUGUGCCAGAUGAAGUCUGGUAUCUUCUUCUUCUUCGCGGGGUGGAUCAUCAUCAUGGCGUUGUUCGUAAAAUUCAUGCUGCCAGAGACCAAAGGCAUUCCAAUGGAGGAGAUGACUGAAAGAGUGUGGAAGAAUCAUUGGUAUUGGAAGAGGUUCAUGGUUGAAGAUGAAUGUGAGCUUUCCAAGAUGGAGAAGGGCAUUUCACCCUAAUAAUGAUGAUAAACUUAUUAGUGUAUUGUUUUUGUUCCCUUAUUAAUUUUUUUUUUUUUUCGGUUUUCUUUUCAUAAUGUAUGUAUGU